AAUUUCAAUGACAACAGAUUCGUUAUAAUAUGCCUAUAACUUGAAAUUUUAUUUUGCCUGGUAUUUGUAGUGGUGGACCUGUUCACAUUUAGACUGUCAACAUGGCGUCAAUUCUAAAGUUUUCUCGAUCUUUUGCAAAAUUACCUAAAUACGAAACUGCAUUAAAAGCCUGUAGACAAAAUAUUAUUAGAGGAGCAGCCACCCAGCCAGAUUCACAAACUGUUGUUCUAAAUGUACCACCAACAAAAGUCAGCACUUUGAAAAAUGGUAUCAGAGUUGCUACUGAAGAUUGGGGUUCCCAGACUGCCACAGUAGGUAUUUGGAUUGAUGCUGGCAGUAGGUAUGAGGAUGAUAAAAAUAAUGGAGUUGCUCACUUCAUGGAACACAUGGCAUUUAAGGGUACCAGUAAAAGAACCCAAAGUCAGUUAGAAAUUGAAAUUGAAGACCUAGGUGCCCAAUUGAAUGCCUACACAAGCAGAGAGCAGACAGUAUAUUAUUCCAAAUGUUUAGCCAAAGAUGUACCAAAAGCCAUAGAAAUCUUGGCUGAUAUCAUCCAGAAUGCCAAAUUGGGAGAGGCUGAAAUCGAACGAGAAAGAGGUGUAAUCCUUAGGGAAAUGCAAGAAGUCGAAUCUAAUUUACAAGAAGUUGUAUUUGAUCAUUUACAUGCUAUUGCUUACCAAGGAACACCUUUAGCUAAUACUAUCUUAGGCCCCACUGCCAACAUUAGGUCAAUCAACUCCACAGACCUUAGAAAUUACCUUGACAACCACUACAAAUCUAGCAGAAUUGUUGUUGCUGGAGCAGGUGGAAUUGAACACCAAGAUUUAGUGAAACUCGCUGAGAGCCAUCUGGGUUCCUUAAACAAUACAUAUCCAGGAAAAGUUCCAGUAAUUGCUCCAUGUCGUUUCACUGGAUCAGAAAUUAGAGUCAGAGAUGAUUCCCUGCCUUUGGCACACAUUGCUCUUGCUGUUGAAGGGGCUGGUUGGUCCGACCCUGAUACCCUCACAUUGAUGGUUGCUUCUACUUUGUUGGGUGCUUGGGACAGGUCCCAAGCUUCCGCCAAACAGAAUGCUACCAACUUGGCUAGAGCUAGUGGUGAAGGUGACUUGUGUCAUUCCUACCAAAGCUUCAAUACCUGCUAUAAGGAUACUGGUUUGUGGGGAGUGUAUUUCGUCUCAGAUCCUCUUAAGAUUGAGGAUAUGGUCUUUAACAUUCAACAAGAAUUCAUGAGACUCUGCACUUCCGUAACUGAAGGUGAAGUUGAGCGUGCUAAAGCUCUUCUUACUGCCAACACUCUUCUUCAACUUGACACUACUAGUGCAGUAUGUGAGGAUAUUGGUCGUCAAUUACUCUGCUAUGGCAGGAGACUCCCACCCCAUGAAUUGGCUCACCGAAUCAACAGCAUCACCGCCAAAAACGUGAAAGAUGUAUGCUACAAGUAUUUAUACGACAGAUGUCCAGCUGUUGCAGGUGUAGGACCAGUAGAACAGUUACCCGACUACAACAUCGUCAGGUCACAAAUGUACUGGCUUAGAGUUUAAGAGGGUUCAGCA